AUGCACCGGCUCACUUCAGAUGUGCUCAACAUCGGAAACCUUGAUGUCGACGAGGACGAGAAGCCCAAAGUCCCUCCCAAAAUCAAGGGAAUACGAAUCAUCGAGAACCCGUUCGAUGACAUUGUGCCCCGCAUAACCGCGGCUGAGCGGCGCGAGCAGAUGCAGGCUCGCCUCGAGGCGAAAAAGGAGGCCGAGCGGAGGGAGAAACGCGCCAAGGCCAAGAAGAACACAAAGUUGCUGUCCUUCGGCGAGGCUGAAGAGGAGGAUGAGGGGACAGUGAUCGUCAAGAAGAAGGACAUGGGCCGAAAGGAUCGUGCCACUGUGGACGAUGACAAGCCUCGCGAGAAGCGGAAGAAGAUCGAGGACAGCAGUGGGCACAAGGAGGAACGACCAGAGAAGCGGAAGGCCGUUGACCUGAAAGCUAUCCGAGAAGAGCACGAGAAGCAAAAGGCUGGCGAGGGUUCGUCCCGCAAGGCUGACCUUGAACGAAUGCAAGAGGACCUCCGUGCGCUGAAGAAGCGGAUAGGAGAGGACUCUGAAUCUGACUCGGACGACGACGACAAGUACAGGAGACGCAGGAAGGGCGCUGUGUAUCUGGAGGAGGAGAUGGCUAAAUACAAGAGGGGGCGAGGGCGUGCUGCGACGCGGCACAGUGCGAAGGGCCGUCGCGGGGACGACGAGGAUCUUCUCCGCGAUCUUGGCAAGUUUAGCCAAAAGGUCCUGGCCAUGGGAGAUGACGAUGGAGCCGGCAAGGAGCGAGAUGACGACGGGCUAGAGGUCGACGACGUCGGUUGGAUGCGGCAUGCCCUCAAGUUUGAGGAAGAGAAGUCUGACGAGACGCGGCGCGCUGAGGAGGAGUACACUAUCGCGAAGAAGGAGGAGGACGCUAAACACAGAGCGAGGCAUCGCGACUAG